AUGCCUGAAAAUCCUGCUGCAGAUAAACAGCAGGUGCUGCAGAUCCUUGAUCGUCUGCAAGCAAAACUGCGUGAGAAAAGGGAUUCCCAACAUAAUGAAAACUUGACUGCUUUGCGUAACACACUCAGGAGCCCUUUGUUUAACCAGAUCCUGACCCUCCAGCAAUCCAUCAAGCAACUGAAGGAACAACUCAAUUACAUGCCUCCUGACCGUUCAGUAGAUUUUGACUUUACUAAGAGAGGGCUGCUAGUGUUUGCUGACAAAUCAGUUGCUGCUGGGAGCGUGUAUACACCUUGCAGUUCACCUGAACCCAAAGCACCUACCUUCACUCCAAACCUGGGAGUUACUGAAUUUAACGCAAUCAUCCAACAGAUGGCAAAGGGGAGACAAAUAGAAUCAAUAAAGAUUGAAAAGCCUUCUGUUGGAGGUCUUGGAUUUAGUGUGGUUGCCCUUAAAAAUCACAGCUUGGGAGAAGUUGGUAUCUUUGUCAAGGAAGUCCAGCCAGGAAGCAUAGCUGACAGGGAUCAAAGACUAAAGGAAAAUGACCACAUACUGGCCAUUAAUUGCACCCCAUUGGAUCAGAACAUUUCCCAUCAGCACGCUAUUGCCCUCCUCCAGCAAUCCACAGGAUCUCUACAUCUGGUUGUUGCUAGGGAGCCAGUUCAAGGAAACAGCAGAACUUCGGCUGUCUUAUUAAGUGAUAUAAAUCCACCUGAGACUAUUCACUGGGGCCACAUUGAAGACGUUGAGCUGAUUAACGACGGUUCGGGAUUAGGGUUUGGAAUUGUAGGAGGAAAGUCGAGUGGAGUAGUUGUAAGAACAAUUGUUCCUGGGGGAUUAGCAGAUCGGGAUGGGAGGCUUCAGACAGGAGAUCACAUCUUACAAAUUGGGGGGACCAAUGUACAAGGAAUGACCAGUGAACAAGUUGCCCAAGUGCUGAGAAACUGUGGGAAUUCUGUUAGGAUGAUCGUUGCAAGAGACCCAAAGUGUGAAAUUGUGGAGACUCCACCAGCUCCUGUGAGCUGGCCAGUCACUACGUUACCUUCCUUUCAAAAUGGAAAUGAUAAUACCAACCUUUUUGAGACUUACGAUGUUGAACUUAUAAAAAAUAAUGGGCAAAGCCUGGGGAUAACAAUUGUUGGAUAUGCUGGCACGUGUGAUAUAG